AUGGUGGCGCCGGGGACGGGGCGUCGGGGAUGCUGGAUGUCGCAGGAGAACCUGCUGAGGCCUUGCAUUAAUCCCCGCAGCGUCCCAGCCACCGGAGGUAAGAUUCUGGGGCUCCUUCUCUUCGAAAUUUUGCUCCUGUUUCUCGCCGUUUAGUGUGUCAACGCAACAUCCGUUUUUCCGCCUGAUUGUCGUUUUUCUAACUUUCUUAGGGCAUGUUAAUGGAGGUCUGGCUUGCGCGAGGCGGAGUACUAUCGGCCCGAGAGCAAUGCGGGCCUUGCUCACGGGGACGGAGGGAGAGACGGGGGUUUUGACCGGCGGGAGAAAUCCGAUCAUCGUGAUUGAUAACUAUGAUAGCUUCACGUAUAAUCUCUGCCAGGUAUGCGCUCCCCCCCCUUCCCCAGUUCUUAAUGGUUUGGUUUAUACAUCUAUCAACAUGGAAGAAACGGGCGGUGAUCCGGACGGAAUCUUUGCUAAUUGACGAAUCGUUUUUUUUCCUCUGCUGCUCUGAUUUUACUCUGAAUUACUUUUUUCCGAACAGAAAACGAUUAUUUAAUUAAUUUGAGCUUUUAUCUACAAGAUUUUACGCUGAAUUAAUCAGAACACAAGGCCUAAAAUUUCAGUAUGAAAGGCCAUCAAUAGGUAUCUCUUCCUUUUUUUUCUUGCCUUUUACAUCUCUAUGCUGCUCUUUUAAUCUCCUCUACGUGCUCCAAAGACCUGGUAAGAGAAUCAUCUUGCUGGAAUUAAGUUUCGACGCCUCCUUUAAGUCAUCUGGAAUUUGCCUAAUAGAUUAGCUGUAAUUUCACGAAAUUCCCCUGGUGAUCCUGAAUGGACCAUGUUUUUAGAUUUACGACCUGGACCAUUUCUUCUGGUAUACGGGGACCUGUCCUUUUGAUCCAGUGAUAAAUGGCACGACUCUCUCCAGUAUUUAUAGUUCCAACUUCAAUACAUGUGGUGUGUAGAGUGGUUGCCAUGCAUAUCUACCCUGAGACCAGGGGGUUGCAUGUUUGGGCAGCCUGAGACUCGAAUGGUAUUCAUAGCUACUCUCGAGCAGAGAAAUUACGUUUUCAGGCAGGCAUGGGAGUCGAAUGACAUGAGGGAAUUGUGAUAACUCUCGUUUACCUGGAGUUCACCUGAAGAAGUUGGUAUCCUCGUCCAAAGUUUUUUGGAAACAGAGCCUUCAAAAUUUCUUCACAGAGAGGUCCAUCUCCACAAACGUUUCAAUUAGGAUCAAACAUAUCACUAGUGUUUGUCGCAUCAUUUGAGCUGGUUUUUUUUUGGUUAGAUAUCAUCUAUCUAGCUCCUUAGAGGAUUGCAUUUCACUCAAUCAAGUUUUAGCAGGAUCACGAGUGUCAGUGCUAAUGGUUACUGAAAAUUGAUUUGGAUCUAUAAAUCAUCUUCAGGGUAACGAUUAGAAGUUGUUUAUUUACUUGCACCGAUCAUUGCUUGGGUUGAAUGUUAUCUUCUUUUAUUAAAAAGUUUCUAAUGAUGCAGUAUAUUGGAGAUUUGGGGGCUGAUUUUGAAGUCUAUCGCAAUGACGAGCUCACAGUGGAAGAAGUGAAAAGGUGCUCUCCUCAUUUCCUGGCAAAAGGGCUCUUUGCAUCCUUUGUCAUAUUACUCUGUUACAGUAGAUUAAUUCCAUUGCUUCAAUCGCAUCUAUAAAUAUGUUGCAAUUGUUGUUGCUGUUCUCUCCGUAGGAAAAACCCGAGAGGCAUUCUAAUCUCCCCUGGACCUGGUGAGUUUCUUCCUACUCUAGAUUAUUUCUGAUAUUCUAAAGCAGACCCUAUAAUUUUCCUGUCCCGAGGGAAUGAUUCCCAAUAAUCUCAUUCAGAUUCCGUAAUCUACUUUCUCUUCCCCUUAUCUGUGCAGGUACGCCCCAAGAUUCAGGGAUUUCCCUGCAAACGGUUCUAGAACUUGGUCCUUCUAUUCCCCUGUUUGGGGUCUGUAUGGGGCUGCAGUGCAUUGGAGAAGCCUUUGGAGGUGGGUUGCUGGUUGUUCUUGGGUAUUAAUCUGCCUGUUGUACGAAGAGUUUUCAGACUUCACUUCCUGCAGGAAAGAUCGUCCGUUCCCCUUAUGGCGUGAUGCAUGGGAAAAGCUCUCCAGUGUUCUACGACGAAAAGGGAGAGGAUGGCUUGUUUGCUGGUCUCUCAAAGUGGGUAUUUAUUUAUUGAUAAUACUAUAAUUUAAGCUUUCAAUUAUAAAUUUAUUACUUGAAUUGUUUCACCGUUUAUGGAUUCUUGAUUUUUAUUUUAUUUGGAAAUGAUUCUGAUAAAUAUUAUACUGAAGCAUGAUUCCCUGUUAAUUUUUUUAUUUAUUAAUGUUACUGGAAUUUUCUUUGGAAAUGGGUGUGACGAUAAGGGUUAGAUUGAAGCAUUUAAUUUAUAAAUAGACUUUGGGAGGUUCUAAACCCUAAGGAUGUUAUAUCUCCUUGUAACGAAGAACCAUCAAGAUCUGGCAAUGUACUGAUUGUUCUUGGUUAUUCAGUAAUUAAAAAAUGGAGAAAUAUUCCGAUUUCCAAUACGAUGAUACUCUUGGGAUUGGAUCAUAUGGGUUUUGAGUUUCUACUUUGAUUGGAAAAAAAAUAAAAAUUGAACUGGCGUUAUAUUCCUGUAUUAGAUUAGGAGGAAUAGAGCCCCAGAAUGUCUCACUUUCAAACUCUGGCUCAUUAAAUGGAGACCCAUUUAUGCAUUGACUAAGCUUGAUAAUUCCGGAAUAAAUCGGAGAAUAUUUCUGAUUUCCAUCUAAUCAUCAUUUUUCUUCCCUGUUCGUAUUGCAUCUUAUGGCUGAUGAGUUGCUCAUUCGAUUAACAAAAUAGGGCUCUGGGGAUUGAACGGUUUGUUGUUUUUCUGCAGCCCGUUCACUGCUGGCCGAUACCACAGCCUUGUGAUUGAAAAUGAUACCUUUCCUCAAGAUUCUCUUGAGAUCACGGCGUGGACAGAGGAUGGGUUGAUCAUGGCUGCCCGCCACAAGAUCUACAAGCAUAUCCAGGUUUGACCUUCAUCUGUUGACUUUGACAAGAUUCAUCUGGAAAUGAUCAACCAUCAUCGGAUCUUAUCCUUGAUCAUAUGCUGAUGCUCUACAAUAACCAUCUCGACAUUGAAAGGACACCAAUUCUUGGCCAAAAUCUGCCUUCAUCUCUCUCUCUCUCUACCCAUCUGGGUUUCUCCUUUCCACAUGAUCUUGACGACCAAUUCCUGUCUCAUAACCCGGAAGUGUAUGUGUUCUACGACUUGCAGGGGGUCCAGUUCCAUCCGGAGAGCAUCAUCACGACAGAGGGCAAGAAGAUGGUCCACAAUUUCAUUAAGCUGAUCGAGAGAUUGGAGUCUGGAGUUAGGGACUGA